UAAGGCUACUGCAGAUUUCAUGAACGCAAAUUUUUGAAAAGCAUACCUCUUGUUUCUCCACUUCUACGACACGAUUGCUCUUUCUUCGCCCCACAAUUGAUCUACUUGUUUCUUUGACACCCUACCCUUUCCUCCCAUUGCCUCUUACCACAUAUCAGCGGUACAAUCAUAACAUGUUGUCCGGAGGCCGACAGAGUCGAGGAGGAGGCCGCAAUGGCCGUGGUGGGAACAUCGAUCGCGAUCAGAACGAACCCAGGGUGACAGGCAACGCUGAAACAGGACUGUUUACCAAUGCAGCGCGUAGAAGCGGAGCAGGAGGAGGAGGAGGCUCUGGGCCUGUACGUCAGGCCGCGCGGCGUGGAAGCGGACGCAUCGGAGGCGGUACUAUGCGAGGCUCACACGCCUUGCCGCCGAGACCAAGGAGAGGAGGCGCAGAAGAUCAGGAUGGUGAUCUGAACAUGGGAGGCGAAAAGAAGAAUUUCUCUCCGUAUCAGAGACCGAAACGUAGCACCAGAUCGUCAACUACGGAAACGCUUGAUCAUGAAGGCACCGUUAUUAUUUUUGUUACGGGCCAGAAAGAGGGUUUAACCACGGACUCAGGACUUCACGACUUUUUAUCUCGAAAGGCUUCGCCGGCGAAAAUUACAAUCACCAGCAAACGCUCCAACGAGACUUCCGGCGUUGUAUCCUUUGUGGUGGGGGAUAUCACUCAAGCUCGGGCCCUGAGAAAAUUGACAGGAAUACGUUAUAAAGGACAGAAGUUGACCAUCAAGACUUCAGAGGAUAACAAGAUCUUGGGACAGGAUGGUGCUGGAUCGAUUGAUGCACCACAACGAGCCGCCGUAGCGCCUACUUAUGGAACAAUUGAAGUGAUUCGCAACUUUAUAAGAUCGCGCUACAGCAGCGGAUUUUUGAAUCUGGAAAAUAUGGCUCAGGACAGCAUUCUCCGGUCGGCCAAAAUCAUUCCACCAGGUCAAGCAAAAGGCAGGACAGAUGUUGGAACAGUCAUGAUGAAGGUCGCCGCUGAAAUGUUCCCAGAAACGACAACUAUCUCAUUUGCCAUGAAUGGCCUCAGAUCACUUCAGCCCAUAUCUUCUGUUGCCCAAUUCUUUCCCAAUCUUCAAAACUUAUCGUUUAAAGGCAAUAAUAUUCAGUACUACAAGGAUCUGGAGUAUCUGAGUGGAAACAAAAAGCUGCCUAAGCUGCGCGAGCUGAUCUUGCUAGAUAAUCCGGUUCGAGAUCGGGACAUUGCUAAAAAUAAGGACGAUCUGGGCUACCGGAGUGCGAUCGUAAAGCUCUUUCCCACAAUUGAGAUCUUGGAUCAGGUGCCUGUGGCACCAAAGAUAUCAUUUGGACUUGGUGAUAUCUUGAAGGAUGCCGAUGCGCCCGAAGUGGCGGUUCUCCCUGUCCCGACAAAAGGCAACUUUUUUGACAACCCGCAAGCCCAGGAAAUGGUUCUCGAAUUCCUCACAGGAUAUCUGAAGCUUUUCGACAACGACCGCAGCCGUCUCGUGCAUGUAUAUGACAACAAUGCCACUUUCUCCUAUGCCACCAUGACGCUUCUCUCGCCCCUUCAGAAAAGCAGAGGAGAUAGCGCCGAUAAUUGGGCGGCUUAUGUACCCCAGUCGCGCAACCUGACGAGGAUUAAGGAGCUUGAUCAGAGGACGAAACGCUUGCUCUACGGAAGCAAGGAUAUCAUUGAGCAGGGCCUAAAGAUGCUACCUGAAACCAAACAUGACAUCAGCGAUGCCUCUAAGUUCGUGAUUGAUGCCUGGCAGACAGGAGAACUUUUACCAGCCCCAUGUAUCUACAUUAAUAUGCAUGGAGAAUUUGAAGAAGUGCAUCAUGGUCGCCAAGGGGUGUUGAAAUCCUUCGAUCGAUCGUUCAUCAUUGCGGCAGCACCCCAAGAAUCUCUUGCUGCACAGAACGGCUGGAAAUGCAUCAUCAUUUCGGAUCAGCUUACAGUGCGAGGAUAUAAUGGAUCGGAGGCAUGGAAGCCGGAUGUGGAUUUUAACGUGACACCAGCAAUGGCCGCGGCUGUGGCAGCUCCAUCAGCAUUUAGCAACGGCCCAGUUCCUCAGCAGGUCCAAACAGUUCCAUCAACCCCUCAAGCGCCCAUGCCCGGAGUGUCUUCCGAUCAGCAUGCCCAGGCCCAAGAACUGCAGCAUCUGACAGGCUUGAACUACCCAUACGCAAUUCAGUGUCUGGCAGCGACCGGCUGGGACAUUGCCAAGAGUGUCGCGCUGGUCGGCGAGAAUCGGGCCAACAUUCCUCAGGAUGCCUGGCAGCAGCCCACAUUCCAGUAAUUUGACGUAAUAAACGGUCACCACAAACAUUAUCUUGCUAUCAUCCUUGUUCAUUCAAACUCUGCAUUAAUGAAAAGUAGGCAUCGUUGCAUUGCCCCGAAGCAGCACAAUCGCUCCAAUAGAUGAAAACAAUGCGGAGCAAAUUCAGCGGCGCGCUUAAAGAGUAACUGAUCUUCUGAUAUCAGGCGAUAAGGCUUACAAUCAGGUUCGACGACUUUGCAGAUAUGCACGUCGAUAGGCCAAAUCCAUAGCACCUUUUAUGCAUACACUAUACCACCAUCAAUCCCAUAUGCUCGAC